UGUGUGAAGAAUGGAGUGCACAGAAAUGUGGGCUGUGUGAAAUGUAGUUAAUGAGCAAACUCUGUUAGUUUGCUGCAUGAUUUGCCAUGAACUUUAAACGGUUCACUUACAGAGCAGCAACCAAAAGGCCGCUUGUGACAGUAAAUAGUCAUUUCUGGUGGUAAACCUUGGGGAAAAGCGGGUAUUUUCUUUUUGUAGCCAUGGAAAUAUAUGUGGUGGCGGUCAGCUGUGCAUUUAUACAUUAUUAAAUUCAGUUCACCUUAGAGUUUGAGAAAGGUUUAUUUAUGUGGGGUUAUGUGCGUAAGAGGUCCAAAGGAACUCCUGUUCUUGUCCAUAUAAAGUCUUGUGUGGGUAUUAAGGUGUGACCUCACCUGUAGGGCUGGACAGAUACAAGCCCUUCCCUGAUCAGCACACAUUAACAAUGUACAGAGGGAGAGGAAAGCAACAUAACUCAUUAAUACAUUACUACGCUGAACAAAACCUCUGUGCAAGGCCUACAGAUUGAGCAUUGAGGUUUCUUCUCAGAAUACAGCAGAAUGACGGAAACCCAGGAUGAAUUAAAAAACAUCCAGCGAAAACCUGGCCUGCAGAUUUGGACCAUCAGUAAAAUGAAAAUGGUCCCUGUCCCAGAACAAGCAUAUGGAAAUUUUUUUGAAGGUGACUGCUACAUUAUUCUUAAUGUGAGCAACAGCGCCACACAAUCCACUGACAUCCACUACUGGAUAGGCAUCGCAUCCUCUCAGGAUGAGCAGGGAGCGGCAGCCGUCUAUGUGACCCAGCUGGACAAGUGUCUCGGUGGCAGUCCGGUUCAAUACCGGGAGGUCCAGGGAUGUGAAUCAGCUAAAUUCAAAAGCUAUUUUAAGAAUGGCCUCAUAUAUAAAAAAGGAGGCGUGGGAUCAGGAUUCACACAUGUGGAGACCAAUGUGUAUAACAUUCAGCGCCUGCUCCACGUCAAAGGAACCAAACAUGUGACUGCAAGAGAGGUGGAGGUUUCCUGGAGCAGUUUUAAUCUAGGGGACAUAUUCCUGCUGGACUUGGGAAAAGCAGUAAUACAAUGGAAUGGUCCUCAAAGCAACAGACAAGAAAAAUUAAAGGCCGUUCUGCUGGCUCAGGACAUCAGGGACCGGGAGCGUGGAGGCCGGGCUCAGAUUGGUGUGAUUGAGGGUGGGCAGGAGGAAGCCUCCCCCGAGCUGAUGAAGAUCAUGACAUCUGUUUUAGGUCAGAGGACUGGACACCUGAAAGAGCCAAUCCCUGAUGAUAAACCAGACCAAAACCAGACCUCCAACGUCAAACUGUACCAUGUAUCUGAUGCCAGUGGUCAGCUGUUGGUACAGGAAGUGGCUACCAGUCCACUGACCCAGGAUUUGCUGAGUUCCACUGAUUGCUAUAUUUUAGAUCAAGGUGGCAGCUCAGUAAUGGUCUGGAAAGGAAAAGCAGCAUCAGAUGAAGAGAGACACUCAGCACUGAGUCGGGCGGUUGGCUUUAUAAAAGCAAAGAACUAUCCAUCCAACACGAAAGUGGAGGUUAUGAGUGAAGGAGGAGAAUCUGCCAUGUUUAAACAUCUCUUCAAGUCCUGGAAAGAAAAAGGUCAAAUUCAAGGACUGGGAAAGACGCAUUCAGUAGGAAAGAUAGCUAAAGUGGAUCAGGUGAAGUUUGACGUCAUGGAGCUUCACGCUCAACCAAAGCUGGCUGCUCAGGAGCGGAUGGUGGAUGACGCCUCAGGACAUGUUCAGGUUUGGCGCAUUGAGAAUCUUGAACUGAAGGAGGUAAAUCCAAGCACAUAUGGACAGUUCUAUGGAGGAGACUGUUAUCUAGUGUUGUAUACCUACAACAGAGCCAACAAACCACAGUACAUCCUCUACAUGUGGCAGGGUCGCCAUGCUACACAGGAUGAGGUGACGGCAUCUGCUUAUCAAGCGGUGAAUUUGGAUAACAAAUACAAUGGAGCCCCAGUGCAGGUCAGAGUGGUCAUGGGAAAAGAGCCCAGACACUUCCUGGCCAUCUUUAAGGGCAGACUCAUCAUUUUUGAGGGUGGGACCGGUAGAGCGGGUGUUGUGAACCCUGAUCCUGGUGCCAGACUCUUCCAGGUCAGAGGGACACAUGAGAUGAACACCAAAGCAACAGAGGUGCCCACCCGAGCCGCCUCUCUCAACACCAAUGACGUCUUUCUGCUCAAAACUCAUCAGAAUGUCUUCCUGUGGUAUGGCAAGGGCUGCAGUGGAGACGAGAGGGAGAUGGGAAAAGCCGUAGCUGAUUUGCUUUCUGAGCAGGACAAGCAGAUUGUGAUGGAAGGACAGGAACCAGCUGCCUUCUGGGUGGCUUUGGGAGGGAAAGCGCCGUACGCCAGUGACAAGAGACUGGAGAAAGAAGUGGCACUUCACGAGCCUCGUCUGUUUGAAUGCUCCAAUCAGACGGGCCGAUUCCUUAUGACAGAAGUGGCUGACUUCACUCAGGAUGACCUGGACGAGGAUGAUGUCAUGCUUCUAGACACCUGGGAGGAGAUUUUCCUUUGGAUUGGCAACUCAGCCAACCAGUACGAGACUCAGGAGUCCUAUAGCAGUGCAGUGGACUAUCUUAAAACCCACCCAGCCGGACGGGACCCUGGGACACCCAUCACCACUGUUAAACAAGGCUAUGAGCCGCCCACCUUCACUGGCUGGUUUAAUGCUUGGGAUGCUCAUAAGUGGAGCGGAGGCCUUUCAUAUGAGGAGAUGAAAAGCAAGCUGGGUGAUAUAUCGCAAAUCACUGUGAAUCUCAACAACACAAGCCUGAAUAAGAAGACAGGAGGAGGUGGCGGGAGCUACAGCGCUCCUGGAGGGCCAGGAAAUAUAAAGUCUCAUAAUCAGAGGAUAUCCUCCUCCAUCUCCAAUGCAUAUGUAGACCAGUCUCCCAGCAGAGCAAAGCCUUCUGGGAUGCUUCAUUCCGAGCAGCUAGUUAAAGCUCCUCAACAUCAGCUGCCUCAAGGAGCGGACCUUGAAAAACGAGAGGAAUAUUUGACUGAUGCAGAAUUUGAGAAUCUCCUCGGCUGCCCCCGUGACAAUUUCCAGCGGCUGCCUAAAUGGCGUCAGAACGAUCUUAAAAAGAAGGCAGGACUGUUUUGAAUUGGUUUUGUUAUAAUGAGAUACAGUCUGAUCUUCAGACCUGAUUGUUGUGCUUUAUGUGUAUUUAAGCCUAGAAGAUGGUCACUUAUAAAAUGUUUUGACUCAAAAGCUAACAUGACCUACAGUAAUAGAAAUGCUUUGUAAAUAUCUUAAACAGAACAUCAAAAUUAUCCCACCAAAAUAACUAUAUCAGUCGCAUACAGUAGAACAUGUCUAAAUGACUUUUAGUGCUAAUAAAAACACAAUGCAUGCCAAGAAAUGUUUCUGAGAUGUUUAAUUCAGUUUUAAUUAAUGCACUAGUUAAAUGUCACAGCAUUUUAUUGUCAGUAAAGCCAGUUGUUUACUGUUAGGAGGAUGUCAGGACAGGACAUCAGAAACAGAUUAUGUUAUGGCUUAAUAUUGCUGAAGUAGAAGGUAACAGUUUUCCUUUAAGGCACAUAGAUAAGAAAAUAGAAAGAUUUCUAGAAAAGGAGCAGAUCAAAGCAGCAAUACCUUAUACCAACAGCAAUGAAUACAAAACAAACACCUUAAAAAUAGAAAGCACAGCUACUGUUUGUAAAUGUAUCACUUUUCCUUUCUUUUACAUUAUACACAUUUGUAGUACAACACUUUUAGAUAACUCAAUACACGCCUACUGUUCAGAUUUUUAUAUAAUGUGAUUAUAAUUGAUAGCUGAACAUGUUUAUCAGAAAAUAAUGGAUAGCAUGUACAGUAUUGGUAAUAUGGGGUAAACGGUUCAUUGUCCAUCAUUUGUAUCCUGAGUUCAUAUAAAGAAAAACUGAGCAUAAGCCAAUGUAAGUCACUGUAACUAACAAAUAUCAAUAGUACUCCAGUUCAACUCACGUCACACAACACAUUAAUAUUAAAUAUGCUGUUUAACCAAGAUAUAAUUGCGAUUAAGAUGAAGACUUUAAUGGGAAUGUCUGGACAAAAACACUGACAUUCAUUGACAAUCAGAAAUUAUAUACAAACACUGUACUCUGUUAAUGUAAAAAGGGAUCAGUGUAGUAUAUUUUUAAAUAUACAUUCUUUAUAUAUUAAAAUCGAAAACUGUUAGGUAAAACAUUCUCCAGUUACAAAUCUAAACUGAUUUAGACAGGAAUGACGAUGGAAUUCUUAAGAUGGACUUCAGUGUGGUGAAAUGUGUUUUCUCAAAGUACAGUAGUAGUGCUGUCAAAUCGAUUAAUUUCGAUUAAUUACGUCCAAAAUAAAAGUUAGUGUUUAUAUAAUAUAAUAUGUGUGUGUACUGUGUAUAUUUAUAUGUAUAUAUAAAUACACAUACUUACAUGU